AAUCACUCCACCAUCACAUCAGGUCGUUCAGACCGCUGUAGUUCUGUCAUGAUGUUGGAACGUCUCAUUUUCAUCUUACACAUUGAAAAUAUUGACUAUAAAUAUAUAUAUUUGUAUUAAAAGGUAAAUGUAAGAAAGUGAAGCUACAACAUGAGACGAUGCUCGACAGCAGGACUGUAACUUUACAUAUCAACAUUGAAUUGAUGUGAGUCAAUACACUGAGGAGAAGAGCAGUGUGUGUCGCUGCCACACUAUUUAUGUAUUUAUUUAUUACACUUGAUAUGAAGUCAGAUAUUUACUAACACUAGUUUGACGUGUGGCUGCUGAUGUGCGUCAGAAUCUGUGAUGGAGAAAAGAUCACAUGUAAAAACAUGGAGCGCAAUCAGACAUGUAACUUUAUCUUCAGUAUCUAUUAAUCUGCUCAUUAUUUUAAGACUAAUAACUAAAAAGAGUUAAUAUCAAGAGUGACGUCUUCAGAUGAACUCAGACUCUUCAUCUACUGUCACAGUGUCACUGAGAUGUUAAUCAGACUGAAUGUCGAGCUGAAGUUUGGAGUUAGGUCUGUGAUUGGCUGAUCUGUCUACACGUGGAAGAUGAUCAGGAUGUCAAUGGACAAAGAGACUGUCCUCCUUCCCGCCUUCCCCGCCACCGUCAGCCUAUCAGAGCAGCCACAGCUGGCUAAGCCACACCCCCUUCACCCAAAAAAUGGCCUCCAUCCGCACGGCAAUGGUCAGCCCUCCCUUACCCCCCCCGCUGUCCCAGCUCAGCGAAUCGCAAAGAGGCGGUACUCUAUGGGCGUCGGCUUCAAGGGGCUGGCCAAGCGCCGGCGCCGCGCCAACAGUGACAGCCAAUCAGAGCCCGUUCUGCCCAGUCACUUCCUGUUGGGUGGGAACAUCUUUGACCCACUGAACCUCAAUUCGCUCUUGGACGAAGACGUCAACAAAGUGACCAAUCAGGAGACUCCACAGUGCUCGCCCCUGCCGUUACGUGGAGGAGACCCUGUAGAGAUCCUGGUUCCCUGUGACAUCACCGACCCCCUGAACCUGAAGGGAAGGGGCGGGGACGGGGAGGGCGAGGGGGGAGUCCUGCUGUCCCCCCUGAAGUCCAGGAGGAGACACAGGAACAGACACCAUGGAAGGGGAGGAAGGGGAGGAGAGAGGGAGGUGAUACCUGCCCGACUGUUUCCCCCCACAGCCGGACUCACAGUUCCUCUUCUGACCACAGGGGGCAGUGUUUCAGCCUCUCCUCUCCCCUGUGAACUCAACACGGCCAUCACCUGUCGAGAUGACGUAGCCCCGCCCCCCAUCCUCCCCAGGAGACACACCCACCCUCCACCAGGCCACACCCAUAAACCUGGUAACCAGUGCGAUGGUCGCCAACGGAGACGGCACCGCACCACCUCGGCGAGGUCGGCAGACACCAUGGUGACCACAGUUCAGCCAACCAAGUUCCAGACGCCUCUGGUGGGAGGGGCUAAAGCUGGCAGAUGUGGAGGACCACAACCUGGCGCCACUCAGCCACCAUCGAAGAAGAAGAAGGACAAACACCGCUACCAGUACGGCAAUAACAGCUGUUUCUACGGCUACCAUGGUUUCUACGGUGACAGCUGGGAGGGGCGGGUCGGGGUGGAGGAGGACCCACGGCUCCGCCUCCUGGAAGCAGAUUGGUUCAGAGACAAGAGGGUGCUGGACGUGGGCUGCGGAACCGGUCACAUGACCCUCGCCAUCGCCCGCAGGUUUGACCCCACCCACAUACUGGGGGUGGAGCUAGAUGAGGGAUUGGUUCAUGCCGCCAAGCAGAACAUUAGACACUUCCUGUCACAUGACCUGGUGGUGGAGGAGAGGAGGAGGAGGAGGGGAGGAGAGCAAAUGGAGGUGAAGAAGAUGGCAGAGGAGGAGGUGAUGGAGGAGGUCCAGCAGGCUCUGUCUCUCCUCUCCUUCCCCCUGUCAUUCAGGGUGAGUCGAGGUCCUCUCUCGGCUCCGCCCCUCCUCCCCCCAUCAUCGUCGUCGUCGUCGUCAUCAACAUCUAGGUUCCCCAACAACGUCACCUUCAUCCAGGGCGACUACGUGUCAGAACAGGAGGCGUGGCCUGGCCAGGGUCAGUAUGAUGUCAUCAUUUGUCUGGGCGUGACCAAGUGGGUGCAGCUGCAGUCAGGUGACACGGGCGUGGUCAGACUGUUCAGACGAGCCUAUCAGAGCCUGUCGCUGGGCGGAUUAUUCAUCCUGGAGCCUCAACCGUGGAGCAGCUACAGCCGCAGCAAGAAAGCCUCGGAGUCGACCUGUCGUCGCUACAGGACGCUCAGACUGAGACCUGAACACUUCACCUGUUACCUGACGGACAGCGUGGGCUUCACCUCAUACCAGCUGCUCACACACACAGGUAACAAGCGGCCGGUCUACCUGUUCCACAAAGGCCUCACGCAGAGGAAGUGAGGUCACCAGGACAGGAAGUGACACGUCUCUCUCUGAGGCUGCGCAGGAAGUGCGUCCCAUCCGCAGCGACAUGCCUGGACUGUGACUGACAGGUGGAGAGAGGACUGAGCUGAUUGGCUGAACAGUUGAGUCAGUUGGAUGACAUCACAGCACAGAGGAGGAUAGACUUCGUCUGAUUGGACAGCAGGGUUUCUGUGACUCUGAUUGGUUGAGACCAUAGACAUAAUAUACGUAGACGCCUCAUGGCACCAGAGUCAAUCAGAAUCAACGGACAACGAGCAACUAUGACCGUAUCGUAUUUGUUACCAGAUCGCGGGGGAUUACCUUUCACAAGUAAGAUUUUUUUAUUUUUUUUUUUUUAAAUAAUCUUUGUGACAGCGCCCUGGAUCUUAACUUAAUCUCUGCCGUUUGUAACUGUGUGAAAAUCCGGUUAAAAUUCUGGAGGUCAUGAUUAUUGUAGUUGUGGAUGCACCUUCCUCAGUAGAAAUAAAUGCAGGGGGGUCACAUUGGAGACCCAUCCAAGAUGGCGGCCACGCUGAUACGUCAGCGUCAGUCUAUGGCUGAGACGGGCUCAGUAAACCAAAGCAAAGGAUUGUGGGGGAUUGUCCCACCCCCUGGGACCUGUGGUCCUGGACUCUGAUUGGACACUGACAGGAAGUGACACGUCAGUUUUUCUUUUCAAACAACAUUUCAUUGUUUACUGUGAAAAUAAAAUUAUUGAUUUUUAUUAUUGA